AUGUCUGCUACAGUGCAGUAACCAUGGACUUUUAGAAGAAGCUGCAACCUGCCUUUUGGCACAGGCGAGAGACACAAAAACAUUACCUAGUAUUCUCUGGGGGCAGCUUUGGAGAAGUAUGAAGCUACUGCUCCGAACAAGUCCUGAUUCCAAAGGAAGAAAAUCAUAUACUUUUUUCCAUUCCUCUGUCAGUAAGGCUGUAGAAACAUGUUUUUUGUCCGAUUAUGCGAAAAGGAUGGCUUAUGUCAUACGUCUUGCAGAUUACUAUGAGUUUACAUGUACUGACCCUGAAACAGUUACAGCUGAACUGCCUUUGCUACUGCAGCAGUGUAAACUAUAUGACAGACUAGUGAAAUUUCUCAGGAAAGACGAGAGAGGUAUCAGCCUACCGCCUCAUAUACGGUAUAAAUAUCUCAAGGAAUUACGUUGUACAAUGCCCUGCUCAGAUGGAUUCAUGCGACAACCAUUACUGAUAUGUAACUUCUGUGCCAUGAGGACAGGGGCUUUUGGUCAGAUGUUCCAGAAUGGUAACAGUUGUGUAAUCUGUGGACAGGUUGUCAUGGCAAUGGGGAAAGAAGGCUUUCUUUGCCAACGACACUACAGGUUUGGCGUGUCUGAUUGUUUCAUCUGUAAAGCCAUGGUUUUCCAGACUCCACGUCCAAAGCAGGGGGUCCUUUGUCACAUGUGUGGCAUCUUACCAAGGUGUGCAGCCUUGAAUGUAUGACCAAGCACAGCAACUUCAGGUCUGAUUCUGAAAGAAGAGUCCAUGUGUUUCAAGCUUACUGAAUGCACCAUGGAGCAUUGUGAUGGCAGGAGUGGACUAACACACCAAAGGAACUUCAUGAUUAUUGUGCAAUUCAUGUUCUUACUUACUCUGUAUUGAUUACUGUAGGAAGGAUACGAGCAGUUACCUGAUGUGGAGAAGAAGAUAUACUUCAAAGUUAAGUGCUGAUAGCUCAGGGGUGAUGUAGGGAACUUACCGUUUUCUUCACAAAAAAAAAGUGAUGGAUACUUAGAACAAUCUUCCUAUAGAUGUUGUGGGGUCAGUUAUGGUGAAGGAAUUCAAAGAUUGCUGGACCAGAUGGUGUAUCAGGACAUGGUCUAAUUAAGUUUAGCAGUAUGUGCCAUAGGUAGAAAUGGAGCAGAGGAAAUGGUCAGAGUAUGUCAACCGUGUGAUCUAUAUAUGGAAUCAGCAUUUAUAUUCUUUAAUUUCCUUCUGGGAUGGGAAGUUAUUUAAAUGCCAGCCCUCUGUAUCUAAGAACAAUGUAGGUGAACCCUAGCAUAGUGAGGCAGAGUGUGGUUGUUCUGUAUGAGCAGAUGUGAAUUGCAAUGUCAUGAUACUUUUUAUUAUUUGAAACCACACAAAAUGAUGGUCACAUUGAAGAGCAAACUCUGUCUACCAGGGAUGCAUGUAUUAUGCCAUGGCAUCGGUGCUUAUUAAAGGCAAUGGGAUCAAAUUGUGGAGGUAGAACUUGUUUAAAUGAACAUGCUAACCAAAUUGAUUCUCAUUUGGGGGAAGGAGGAAACAUUUCUUGUGAGGGCAACACUUUUCUGAGAGUAGAAAUGAUUAAUGAAAGCACUUGGAGCAUCUUUGGAAAAGGUAUUUGCUGUGGUAGACUGAAGUACUGCAGAGGUACUAAUUUGUGGGAGGGGAAAUCUCCAAUGAUGCACAUGAAAUUAUAUCUUGCAGGCAAAUAUGAAGUGACCCACAACAGAGGUACCCACAUAUGAAACUUAGAGAAUGCCAAGGAGGGAAUACAUACAUACUGCAAAAUCUCAAGGUAGGUCUUAAAGCAUUUCUUUGCUGUGGCAGUGUAUACCUUUGUUACU